UUCCCUUCUCCCCCCUUCCCUUCCCUCAUCACCCUACACCUCAUCGCCCACUGGUCCCUCCCUGCGCUUCCAGACGGGCGGAGGGGGAAUGGGGGCCUUGCCCAAGGAGCCGGCGGCGGUGGAUGUCUCGUCCGAGGGGACCCUGCUGUGGCUGCGCCGCCCCAACGGCUCCUGGUGGCCCAGCAUCGUGAUCUCGCCCCUCGACGUCCCCGGCGGCUGCGCCGCUCAGCCCCGCUGCCCCGCCACUCCCAUCAUGCUCCUGGGCCACCGCGACGGCCCCACCUUCGUCGAAUGGUGUAACCUCGGGAGCUGCAAGCGCGUCAAGCCCUUCCGCUGCGGGGACCUCGACUUCGACCAACGCAUCACCGACGCCCAGGCUCUGGCCGCCACCCACACUGGCGAUACCAAGACCAGGACCUACAACAAGGGCAGGUACGCCCGCAUGGAAGACGCCAUUAUCCAAGCUCUUGAGAUCGAGGAGGCUCGCGCUUUGGAGCCUCAUGGGGGCAGCUGCUCGCCCAAGCCAAACAUGAGGAAUGUUGUCAGCACAGAGUCUUCUUGCUCUCAUGCUGUGGCAACGGACUCUUCUACUGCAAUUCAACCGCCAUCGCCCAAGAGGAAGCGCAAGACGCCCUAUGAUUCCGAGGACGAUGCGCCCAAAGGGUCCCGCCGUAUGAGGGACCUCAGGGAUAUCGGGUCAAAGACUGUACCGAUGGAAUUAUCAAAUGCUGGCACCAUCUCUGUUUUGAAUUAUGAUAUCUCUAGUGUUAGUCAGGUGGCAAGGAGUAAGCAGUCUCAUGCUACCGCAAAGAGGAAGCAUGCCACUGCCGACCAGGACCAACCUAGUGGAAGUUCCAGGAAGAAGGAUAGGUCCCGUCCACUAUCAGAGCUAUGCCAUGGAGACAUGUGGAAUGGGUUCAGAUCAAAUGGCCAACAAGCUGAUGCACGUUUGUUGGGUGUGGGCAGUUGUUUAAGCAGUUCCUCCGGCACUUUAACCUUGGGUACCUCAUUGGACAAGACCACCUCUCGUCGUAUCGGUGCAUUCAAGACAGAUCAUGCAGAGGGCAUUGAAAUCUCCUGCGUCACUGAGUUACUCAAUGAUGGCUUUCACCAUGGGGAUGAUUUUGUCAAAAUUCCCCUUGAUGCAGCAAGUAUCUUGGAAGCAGAUCAGUUGCAAACAUAUCAACCUACUGCGUCAACAAAGCAUCCUACCUGGAAACACAAUAAGCAAUCCAUUGACUACAGAAAAGCUGACAAAUCUUCCCAAUGCGAGCGCAGAAAUUUUAAGGUGAAAACCAUAAGCUAUGUUGAUCAGGAGGGCAACAACAGGACAAGAGACACAUUAGAGCAUGAACACCACAAAACAAGGGUGGUAAAGCACAAGGCACCAAGAAAUGAGGUUGUUCUUUUUGAAAAGAAGCCAGCCAAGCAUUCUUUGAACAAGCAUGCUGAACCCGGUGUUAAUAUACAUCUUGCAGUAUUUCCUGCUGAUUCGGAUUGUGUUGGUGCAGUUCAGCAGCAACAUUCUGAAAGAAAGUGCGAUCGUGAAGAGUCAUCAGAAACCAAAAGCAAUAGUUCAAAUUGUGAGAUUGGAUCAAUAUCAUCUCUGGUCUUUGAGUUGCCACUACAAGUGUUGCCACCCCAACAGAGGAUACUUGAUCUCGAAAGAUGCCAUGCAGUAAAGCCAAUCAAGACUCUGCAAUUGAAUCCUACCCUUUACGAUGUGGAGUUGUGCGUGCAGGGGAGCAACAACAAUGGGCGCCGUGUACCCCUUGUUUCUCUCAUGAGUAAAUGGAAUCGUAGACCUGUUGUGGGAUAUCCAAUCUCCGUGGAGGUCUCAGAUGAUGUGUUCUGCCGUCUUUUAUCAAGUAGAGAUGAUCACCAGCCAGCUUCAAGCAGUGUGGAUAGAUUACUGAAGAAGGACAGAGCUGAGGGCAUGCAAUGCCUUAUGCCAUCAUCACAGACAUGCCGAGCAAAACCCAAAAGCCGCAGAAAGACCUCAGGUAAAGAAGUGGACAAGUUAUGGCAGCCGCAUACUAAAAUAUCAGGAUCUUCUCAAAGAAAAAUGCGGAGGCUUUCCUCUUUUGCUUCAAGUCAAAGAGAUGGGGACGCCAGAAAGUCAAUUGUGGGGAAAAUUUCUGGACCAACCAUUGCGUGCCUCCCGCUUCGAGUUGUUUUCAGUAGAAUCAAGGAGGCGCUAAGUUAUCCAGUUAAAUGAGAGCCCUAGCUGAGUGGGCUGCGUGAAGGGAUGCUUUGCAUUGCCUGGGAGAAGUUAAGAACUCUAGCCCUUUGGUAGCUCCUCUUGUAUGUACAUCUGUUGCUGUAUCCUUGGGAAAUGCUUAGUGUGGCCUAGCAUGUUGAUAGAUGUAUCAUGUUGAAAGAUGGUUGUGAUUCACAGUUGAGGUAGCUGGGUUUUGCUGGGCCACCUUGAAUUGUGGGUGGAGCACACCAUUAUCUAUAAGAAGUAACGGUGGAAUUGAAGGUCGAAGGGAAUAAGUUGCCUGAGUAUCUUCUUCUUUGAGUUUGAGAAGCUAAUUUGUGAUCCCCUAUU